AUUGGUUAUAAGUACAGUUACAAAUUGGAUUAAGGUUGGUUGACUAAGUUAUAUGACGAUCAUGUGUCGGUUAAAUCAAAAUCUUAUUUUAUUCUAUUUUGAUAUAUAAAGGGAUCUUCAACACCAAUAUAUUGGUCAUUUGAAAAAUCAGCAAACAAACACGUGUAGGUCCUGUGAUCCAGUCUGAUUCAAUGCAACACAACAUCAAAUGAACUCAGCAUCAAAGAUGUGGCGUGGUAGAACGUUGAUCUCCGUCAUGAUUUUAACAAUGGUCGUAAUAUUGGUGCUUUGUAUGCAUGCAUCUUGGGAAAAUGAUGUCAAUGAAAAAGUAAAGUAUCAACAAGGAUUUAAGCUACUUCAAAAUUACGGCAAAGAAAUUGGGAAUAAAUCAACUGUUCCCCAGUGCAACGUAGAAUCAAGAAAUCUCAUAGGUUAUGAGGAAAAGAACCGUGAUAAUUCUCUUAUAAUUUAUAGUAAAAUGCCUAAAUGUGGCAGUUCGACGCUUGUCCUUGUAUUCCUGGAAACACGUAAGAUAAUAAAACACUACACUAUUAAGCGAGUAAAGCCACACCCUCGAGUUGAAGAGUUACAAAGUGAUAAUCAGAAAAAGAAAUAUAUUACAACUAGAAUUCUUCCACGAAGGCCGUACAUUUACAUGGGACAUAUAUCUUUUCUUAAUUUUGAGGAACUCGGAUUCAUGCAACCGCUUUACAUUGAUAUGGUAAGAGAACCAAUAGAAAGAAUAAUCUCAUUAUUUUACUUUAGUCUUGAACCAGGUCCGGAUUCCGUUCAUGUAAAACGUUAUAAUCUUACACAAAGCGACAUGAAUAAAACUAUUGAGGAAUGCAUCCAGUUAUGGAUAAACGAGACCCGCUGCUUUGGUAAGAGUAUAGAGGAUACGGCGGAAUGUUUAAAGUCGCGACCACACCAGGGAUGUAAGGUAGCACCUGUCGAAUACAAAUACCCUGUAUGGUUUUCUGGACAAUACACAAAUUUAUCUUUAGUGUCGGUGGAAAGAGCAAAAACCAACAUUGAAAAGUAUUAUACCUUUAUAGGGCUAACUGAAAACUUUUCUGAUUCACUUAUGGCAUUGGACACAAUUUUGCCAGGAUAUACGAAUGAACUCUCCAAUGCGUACAGAUCUUUAAAAAAGAACAAGAACGUUGGAAAGAAGGAAAAGGUCAGACCUAGCGACCAAAGCAUCAGUCUGUUGAAAAUUUUGUUAAAAGACGAUUUUGAACUGUACAGAUUCGUACGUCAAAGAUUUUACAUACAUUUAAAAUGUCUAGAUAUAAACAUGACAUAUCAUGUAUAAAACUAAAUUAUAAGAAAAGAGUUCGCCUUUUUUCAAAGGAGGGGGUGCAGAAAAAGUAUUUAAAAAUAUAUAUCCUACAUUUUUAUUAUAUAAUUCGAGCUGCAUGUGUUAAGUAAAUGUGAUAACAAAUUAUUAACAUGAUUUUAAUUCAAUAAAUUAUCUGGCCGUAUA